CCGCCCCGCGCUGAGGCACCGCCGCCACGUGACCGCGCAGGGCCGGCGAGCGAAGAUGGCUGCAGCUGAGGGACCCUCCUUUUGGCUGGGGAAUGAGACUUUGAAAGUGCCUGUAGCGCUCUUUGCCUUGAACAGAAGACGGCUGUGUGAACGCCUGAGACAGAAUAAGGAUGUCCAGAAGAAUUCAAUUGUUCUGCUGCAGGGUGGAGAAGAAACCCAGAGAUACUGUACUGAUACUGGUAUUGUGUUUCGCCAGGAAUCUUACUUUCACUGGACUUUUGGAGUAACUGAAGCAGGCUGCUUUGGAGCAGUAGAUGUUGAUACUGGAAGAUCUAUGCUUUUUGUUCCACAACUCCCUGAAAGCUAUGCUGUUUGGAUGGGAAAGAUUCAUCCCCCUGAAUUCUUCAAGAACAAAUAUGCUGUGGAUGAAGCCCACUAUGUGACCGAGAUAUCCAAUGUGUUGGCUUUGAAGAAACCUGCUGUACUUCUCACUUUGCGUGGUGUUAAUACUGAUAGUGGAAAUGUCUCCAAAGAAGCUUCGUUUGAGGGGAUCAGCCAAUUUAACGUGAACAACAAAAUUCUUCAUCCUGAAAUUGCAGAAUGUCGUGUCAUUAAGACAGACAUGGAGUUGGAAGUUCUGCGCUACACCAAUAAAAUCUCCAGUGAAGCUCAUAAAGAGGUAAUGAAGGCUGUAAAAGUGGGAAUGAAAGAAUACGAGAUGGAGAGCCUGUUCCAGCACUACUGCUACACUCGAGGUGGCAUGCGCCACACUUCCUACACUUGCAUCUGUGGCAGUGGGGAGAACUCGUCUGUUUUGCACUACGGCCAUGCUGGAGCCCCAAAUGAUAAAACUAUUGAAGAUGGAGACUUAUGCCUGUUUGAUAUGGGAGGAGAAUAUUACUGCUAUGGCUCUGACAUCACCUGCACCUUCCCUGCCAAUGGCAAGUUCACUGCUGACCAGAGGGCUGUCUACGAGGCCGUGCUGAAGGCGUCACGGGCUGUGAUGAAAGCAGUCAAGCCAGGGGUCUCCUGGCCUGACAUGCACCGUCUGGCUGACAGAGUCCAUCUGGAGGAGCUGACUAGAAUUGGCAUUCUGAAAGGCAAUGUAGAUGACAUGGUGAAGGUUCAUCUGGGUGCAAUAUUUAUGCCACACGGACUUGGACACCUACUUGGAAUCGACGUGCACGAUGUUGGAGGCUACCCAGAGGGCGUGGAGCGCAUCGACGAGCCGGGGCUGCGCAGCCUGCGCACCGCGCGCCGCCUGCAGCAGGGCAUGGUGCUCACCAUCGAGCCGGGCAUCUACUUCAUCGAGCACCUCCUGGAGCAGGCCCUGCAGGACCCUGCACAGUCCUGCUUCAUCAACAGCAGCGUCCUGCAGCGCUUCAGAGGAUUCGGCGGGGUGCGGAUCGAGGACGACAUCGCGGUGACAGCCACCGGGAUGGAGCUGCUCACGUGUGUCCCACGGACUGUGGAAGAAAUAGAGGCUUUCAUGGCAGAAGGCCAGAGCAGGGCCAAAUCAUUUGACUGCCUCUCCGGCCAAAAGCAGUAAACUUCAGGAUGACACUUAUUGCCUCAACUAAUCAGUCCUCAUUCUGAUUUAAUGCUGCAGCAUAUAAAAUAAAAUGCAUCCAAUUCUUAAUGUCAAGAGAGGCAGGCAGGCUAUCAGCUGGAAAAAUUCCUGCAUUAAGAAUGAAUGUAGAAGGCCCAGGUAACUCAACUGCUGCUUGGAAUCAGCAGUUUACGUGACCGAGUGGCAGCUAAAUAGCCCUGCUGCCUUAUCAGUGGGGUUAUACUUCUGUCAGGUCUCAGCUCAGAUGUAUCUUGCAAUUAAAUCUGAAUUUUGAUGAUUUCAUUCUAAAAUACUCUAAAAUACCAAAUAGAUUAAAAUACCAAAUGGAUUAAAAUACCAGAUCUGAAAGCUAUGAGCAGUUGUAAUACUCUUAAGUCCUUUUUUAAAUUUCAUCACAAGUGCUGUGAAAAACAGAAAUAAAAAUCAGUUGUUCUCAGUGGACAUAAUGACACAUAUUUUUCAUAUGGAACUGUAUCCAUCCAGCAAGCAGAAUCAAAUUUUUAUUAAAAUUCACCUUGGCAUCAUUUAUGUUCACAACUUUGUGGUCAUUAUGCUUUUCUGCUCCAGUUUCUGCUUCUUUAUCUGACCCUACUACCAAUUGGUGUUCUGUAAAUGUUGAUCCUUUGCUAGUCAGUUUUCUGCUCUGGAUAGUGGCUGUACUGAUCCUUCAUACACAGCCUGUGCUCCUUAGAUUUGUUCAUCUAUUAGCUCCUUAAAAACAUCGAUUGCUAUGGUGUUUGUGGCCCUUAAAAGUUGAAAGAAGGUAAUAUCUUUGCUGCAAGGCUUGUGGUCAUUCAGCAGCAUAUGCUGUGCAGCAUGAUAGAGUUGUGUUUAACUGUUCAGUGUUAGUUCAGAAUGCAAUUAUAUAAAUUUUAUUUGGAUACCUUACAAAUAUAUUAUUGGUCACAAAAUGACUGUUCUCUCCACUCAUGCAAGAUUUAAAUUACUAAGAGAAGCUUUUCUUUACUGUAGGUAUUCAUCAGCUUGCAGGAUAAUAAAUAGAUUUCUUGCAUCAUAAAAUAGCACUAGGUGCUGGUAACUACAUAAAAAUAAUCUUUCUCACUCUACAUACACAUCAAAACUCCUGUUCAGUAUUCAGAUUCUGUUGCAGUUUGACUGCAAACCACUUCAGAACAUCCCCAUGCUGUGCUGGGGGUAGCUGAAGCCACAGCAGAGCAUCGGGGUUUUCCUGGAUCUCACUGCCUGCCAGGUGAGGAUUGUCCCACUGCAGGGAUGGGCUGAGUUGAUAUCUCAGCAUCUUGGUGUGAGCAGCUCAGUUCUGUUGCUCACACCAGGCCAUAACACGUGGGUGGUGGGAUCGACCGUGAGCUCCUGCAAGUGCCCUGUCUCACAUGGGCUUGGGUGGGGUCAGAAACCACUGCUGCUGCCUUUGUGCCCCCCCAGGAAUGGGUUUAGACCUGGAAUAAUUUCCUUAAAAAUCAUUUGCUUUGCUCUAGGAGAGCUCUUUUUGCUCAGUGGGUUGCUCUGUGUGACAAGAACCUGCUCUUUAUUCCCAAGAGCUUGGUGAUCCCUUGCUGUGUAGGAAACUUCAUGUGGGAGACCAAAGAAACAUUGUGAAACAAUCCAGAGGACUCACUCAAUUAAUAAAUAAGUCUAUUUACAUUUU